AUUCUUUCUUGGAUCUGAUUCUCUCCUCUUCAUUCAUUUUCCUCCUUAGUGGAAUGGCGAAUGCGCUUAUUCUACAAAGCUAUUUUAUUAAACUUCCACUCACCAAAAACACCCUUUUAGCUCUCAUAUAUUGGUCUAUUAUCUUCCCUGACACACCGUGCAACAACACUAAAGCCGGUUCCUGAUCCUGUCCGCUGGUCAGUCUGACGAAGCCUUUGUUCUACAUCGAUAAAUGUCCUGAUGAUGUUGCAGCAAAGCUUCGAGGACGGUGAGAAGAAACCCAUUGUUGUGGGGCCUUGGGGUGGUCAGGAUGGACACCGUUGGGAUGAUGGAGUUUACUCCACGGUCAGGCAAUUGAUAAUAGCUCAUGGGUCAGGUAUCGACUCCAUCCAGAUUGAGUAUGAUAAAAAAGGGACUCCAAUAUGGUCAGAGAAGCACGGAGGAAGUGGCGGCACCAGAAUUGACAAGGUCAAGCUUGAUGACCCAGGUGAGUAUCUGACUUCAAUCCAUGGACACUAUGGUAGCUCAAAUGAAUGGGGGUGGCCUGUAUUUGUUCGUUCACUUACUUUACAAAGUAACAAAAGAACCUAUGGACCGUUUGGUGUUGAACAAGGAACAUUUUUUUCUUUCCCUAUGACUGGAGGCAAGAUUGUUGGGUUCCAUGGCAAGAGUGGCCAGUUUCUUGAUGCAAUUGGUAUUUAUUUAAAGCCUGUGCAGCAACAGAAGAGCUCCAAAGCUCUGGUACAAACAAAGAGCUUGGUCAAUACUGGGACUGAAAAUAUUGGCUACUCUGUGAUACAAGGAAGUGCUGGCAAUAGUUACGAUAUUGUAGUUGCUGUGAGGCAAAAGGAGCUAGAAUGUGGCAAGCCUCUUCAGAGCAAACCCUCCAGACAAAGUUCUAGUAGCGGUUCUAGUAGCGAUUCCAGCAGCGAUGGAGAAGCCAAUAAGAAGACACUGAAGAUUCAGAGUUUGCCUUCAAAACCUGAAGGCUUGAUGACGUACGGACCCUGGGGUGGAACUUCUGGCGGUUCCACUUUCGAUGAUGGGACCUACACAGGAAUUAGGCAGAUUUACAUAUCACGCAAUAUUGGAAUUGUAUACAUAAGAGUUCAAUAUGACCGUGAUGGGCAAGCUAUAUGGGGAAGCAAACAUGGAGGGACUGGAGGAUUUAAAACUGACAAGAUUGUGUUUGAUUAUCCAUAUGAAAUACUCACACAAAUAUCAGGGACCUAUGGUCCCUUGAUGUACAUGGGGCCUAAUAUUAUCAAGUCGCUUACUUUCCACACCAACAAAGGGAAACAUGGGCCAUUUGGAGAAGAACAAGGUCAAUCUUUCUCCAACAAAGCAAACGAAGGAAAGAUUGUCGGAUUCCAUGGAAGGGAGGGUCUUUUUCUAGAUGCUAUUGGUGUGCAUGUGAUGGAAGGAAAAGUGAAGCCUGCUAAGCAUUAUCUUUGUGAUGCAAUUGUCCAAACAGAAGCACCAGUUGCUGAGAUUGAUAAUUCUCCAUGGUCUAAUAAGCUGGUAAUAGCCAAAAGAGGACCAACAGAAGAGGUUGCUUGUGCUGUGGUAAAAGAGCCAGCUCCAUGCGGUCCAGGUCCUUGGGGUGGUGAUGGAGGGAAGCCGUGGGAUGAUGGGGUUUUUUCUGGGAUCAAGCAGAUAUUCUUAACCAGAGCUGAAGCUAUUUGCUCAAUACAGAUCGAGUAUGAUCGAAAUGGACAAUCUGUGUGGUCUGUGAAACAUGGAGGCCAUGGAGGAACAGCCACCAACAGGGUGAAAUUGGAGUCCCCACAUGAAGUGCUAAUACGAAUAUCUGGAUUCUAUGGCCCUGUGAGCAAAGAAGAGAGACCAGCAGUGAAGUCUCUCACAUUUUACACCAGUAGAGGCCAGUAUGGCCCAUUUGGUGAAGAAAUCGGUACAUAUUUCACGUCAGCCACGACGGAGGGUAAGGUGGUUGGUUUCCAUGGAAGGUCUGGAGCUUACUUGGAUGCCAUUGGUGUCCACAUGCAACACUGGCUUGGAAACAACAGAACCUCGAGAUCCUCUCUCUUCAAGAUUUUCAUUUGAUCUAGUACCCUACAAGCUUUUACAGAAUUAAUUCAUGAAUCAUAAACUCGGGCAUAUGUAUAAUGGAUGCUGGGUAUCGCUUGUCAGACAGAGCUGCUUGAUCUUAUAGGUCAUCCUGGUGGCUUUCAAUAAAACUGCUCUGCUUCAUGUGAA